UCCAAAGAGGUACCGUGCACCAACUCCUGAAAAGCUUGCCAGUUUUACCUAUCCACACACAGCAGGGGAUCUUCUAUCUAAACGGCAACCAUGGACAACCAUUCGUACAACUUCCCCUCGGACUGCACCCCGCUGACCAACAGUAAAUCUGCCCGAAAGCCAGCUGCUUCCACCGUGGUGAACAUGGGCAACGCUGGCAAGUGUCCUCCCAAGGACUAUCUAGUCUGGUCGCUGUGCAACACCUUGUACGUUAACUUCUGUUGCCUGGGAUUCAUGGCUCUCAUCUACUCCAUCAAGGCCAGGGACCAGAAGACUCAGGGCAACCUGCAGAUGGCCCAGGAGUGCUCGGACAAGGCCAAGUGGUACAACAUCCUGGCAGCCGGCUGGAACAUGCUGAUCCCUCUGCUGGCCGUGGUGCUGCUCGUGCUCCUGCUGAUCCACCUGAGCACCUCCCAGGGCUCCUUCGACUUCUUCGGAGAGGACGGCUUCCAACACUUCAUGAAACUGUUCAGCUGGUAGAUGGAGGCAAAGGGAGGGAAAAUAAAGAAUACAAAAUACAAACACGGAUCAGUCGUAAAGUCAACACAUUCACACUCACCGGAAGAGGGUAUUUGAUUAGUUUCAGCAGAUGAUGGCUGACAUAAUAGCUCCAAAUAUUUGUUGACUAUCUGAGCCAAGUUAUAAAGGAAGUCUUAAAGAAAACUUGAGCUGGCUAAGAUCAAUCCCACACUUAAGUAUUUUUAACCAGCGAAAAAGAAAGUAUCACAAGGAUUUUCUCUUUGAGAUGCACAAGUACAAAUGCUGGUAUUACAAAUUCUGGCCAUUCCACCAGUAUGAGAUUCACAUAAAACAAUGGAUAAAACAUAACACUUUUGAACCAGUGACUUAAAAUGACCAAUACUAGUUUAAGUCAGCAGCACAUUGAUUUGAUACUUAUUAGAAUAUGUAUUGUGAGUGCUGUAUUGGUGCAUCCCUAAU